CAUUUGGAAAUGGUGGUGUAGUCUUUUUAUUUAGGUGAUGAAAAUAUCGUGAACAAUUAUUAAAGUACGAAAAAUAAUAAACCUUUAAAAAUGUCGAAACAAUUACCACGACAAUGUGGUCGCGGUGGAGUUGCUAAUUGUGGUGGCACUAGUGUUGUCGAUAAAGAUUUGCGUGAUCAAUUGCAACAGGAAAUUGAAAAUAAAUCGAAAUCAUGUUCCAAUCCAACAUACGAAUGCACCAUACCACGCAUUGAAGGCUACGACUAUUGUAUGCGCCACAUUUUACGGGAUCCUAGAGGAAACUUCCGUCAAUGUUCAUAUACAUAUUUCAAUGGUAAAAAAUGUCCGAAUGCUUUGCCCAAACAUGACUUGAAAAAAGAUCCAAAUAUGACAACUUUGUGCUUCGAGCACAAUCGCCAAGUACAAUUGCAAAAGACACACGCCACUGUUGGAAAACUAAAGCAGGUUGAUACAAAUGAAGUGCUAUUGAAUAGUCUAUCACAUCAUAUCAAUGUAGAAGAGGUCAUUGGAAAAAAUUCGGCAAAUAGUGAACAAGAUGAAGAAAUUGAUGUGGUUUCACCACAUGUGACACCAUUUGUAAAUAAUGACCAAAUUCAUAGUCUGAGUGAUAUUGUUAGCACUAUGCGCAAACGUCGACGUAUUCUAGACUACGCUUCUGAUAGUACGACCGAUGAGGAAGUUAUUUGUAUGAAUAACACCUCCCGAGGUUAUGAGUGUAAUGAAUCGGACAAUGAAAGUGUUGAUUCUCAAGAUGAUGAUUUACUUAAACAUGCUGGCAUUUAUACACGACAAGAAGCCAUACGUUUAUCUGAGGCAAAACUGACCAAACUUCAAGGUCUUUACAUAGACCAAAUAAAUCGUUUGCAUCAUAUUUUACGUGAAAAAAGGCGACGCUAUUUGCAUGCUAUACGACGAGAACGUGAACAUUUAUGCAGCAUUCAUCAGCAAUUAAAAGAGACGCCCAGAGAACGUGCCCUGUACGAACAAUUGAAAGCCUUAAACUCUUACCAUAGGAGACAUGGCAUAGAGGCGGUCCUAUAUAAAAAGUUCAAAGAAAAACGCAGUCGAGCGGGUGAUUCUAGCACGGCUCCGAAAAAUUCCGGAUUUACCAAAUGUAUUUUCACCGAAGGUGGAGUUAAAUGUGGCGACCGUUCUUUGCCGUGUUGUAAAUAUUGCCGCAAACACAUUCUGGAAGACAAGAAACAAAUACUAUUUAAAGCUUGUGAAAAAGAAAAGUCUGGUGUAGUAUGUCAAGAAGCGAUACCUUCUAUUUUCGAUGACUCUACGUGUGUUUUGCAUUUAACAAUACCACAUCAACGCCAAUACGUACAAAAGAAAUACGAAUCAGAAACCGAAGAAGACGAAGUGGUUGAUGUCAAAACUGAAUUGGGCGAUAAACCUUUGUUGGACAUGAAAUUAUCACUAAUAACAACUAAUGAGACGAGCGCUGCAGCUCUAGAAAGUCAAACAACUGUAGUAGUAAAAUAAAUUUUCAAAUUGACCAAAAACUGUGUAGAUCUUAAAAUUCUGUUAUUUUUUUUAAAAUAAAACUGAAAAAAGAAAUUUUAUUUUAAAA